CGCACAUGGCUGACGUCAGACCCCGCCAGGAGUUGGGGGAAAAGCUAAGUGGGCCAGGGACGCCCUAUUCCCCUCCCCGCGGCUGCCUGUCAGAGCGCUACUGGAGAUAUUACCAGAGACCCGGCCCGCAGCGACAGGCACAAAGUCACAGGGUAAUGAACUUCGGGGACCCUUCGCCGCUGCGUGCGCGGCUGUCCCCGGAAACUCGGAUCUGGCCACCUCUCCCCUUGGAAGAUCUCCCAGCAAUCUAGUUUCCCCUCUCGGCGCCGGGGCUCCGGCAGCGAGGAGCUUAAUCUGCCUCUGAGACUGCGGCUGUGAUUUUCGCCUUUCCACAGAAGAUCUGCAGUCUGCAGAGAGCUGCCCACUCUGCACGCCUGUGUGGAGGGAGAGAUUGGAAGCAGUACCAAGCAUGGGGAACGAGGGGAAGUUCGCCUUCGUUGCUCCGUAGGAAGACCAUUUCCGUGUCUCCAUCUCUGUCCUUCCAUAUUCCCCUCGCGCUGUCCUCCCUCUUCAGCCUGCCUGUCCAUCUCUCCAUCUGUCUGUUCAAGACUGUGUCCACAUCAAGCCGCAUCCCCAGCAGCUGCAGUUUUGCUAGAGCCGGGAAAGAAACUUAAGGAUGCUUACAUUUCCACUGUGGAACGAAUUCUGAGCGCCGGGGAGAGCAGGGCAGCGCACAACCAAUAGCCACCUGUCUGUCCCGCCCGGGAGCCUCGCAGGCUGGAGGGCGGCUGGAGAGCGGCGGCGGCCGGCGGCGACGUGGGCGCCGUGGGUCGGGAAUCCGGCAGUGCCCACCAACCGCUGCGCCCCGGGACCGCCAGCAUGAGCAAGCCCGCCGGAUCAACAACUUCCUCUCCCAUAGACCGCACUGCUGCAACUGAUCUCUGUUGACCUCCAAAGACAGGCAGAAGUGCAGGGCAGCUGGGCGUGUGCGAGCACAGAAUCUGCAGACCCUCGGAGUGCGUAGGCCUGAGCCGGCGUGGUGGGCGCCUACGCGGUACAACGGUCUCCCCGGGGCUUUCCAGUUCCCGCCUUCCACAGGCCGGAGGCUGGGAGUUCUAGGGUCUGUGUAUAGUGCGCACACCCUGAAACUCGCUAGCCACCGGUGUAGUCCCCCCCCCCCCCCAUAACAUUUUUGGCGCUCUCUGUGAGUUCCUUCCCGCCCCCUCCCCCUUCACUCGCCCUCAUUGUCCAGGGUCUUUGAAAGUUGGAAGAGUCUUGGUUACUUCUGGGGACUGAUAAUGAAGUCUCACUUAGGAUGGAUGCAGUUCCCGCCUCCACCUCUCGCCCCCGUAAGAAGUGGCUUGUGUUUUCAUUUUGUGCGCUUGUUUUGAUUUGGGUGCUGAGUUUAAAAACUAGAGUAAAGUGAACGUCAAAAAAAAAAAAACGAAGGAAGGAAGGAAGGAAGGAAGGAAGGAAGAAAGAAAGAAAGAAAGAAAGAAAGAAAGAAAGAAAGAAAGAAAGAAAGAAAGAAAGAAAGAAAGAAAGAAAGGGAAAACGGUCAGAGAUAGGGCCCAGGGAAGGAAACUUCACCACAGCUUCAGUGCACAACUGACACUUGGGCAGGACCACGGCUUCCAUUAGCCUUGGCCUAUCCUUGCCCUGGCUGUUCUGAGCUCUGGAAAGUAGUGCAGGCUCAGAAAUAAUAAUAAUAAUAAUAAUAAUAAUAAUAAUAAUAAUAAUAAUAAUAAUAAUUCUGGGUGAGUAUCUUUCCCAAGAGAAACAGGAGACCCUUCCUGCUGCAUUACAAACCUGCAUGCCAGGCAACACCGAGGUUGAAGGGCCUGGGAGGCCUCCCUGGCACGUUCACCCUGGAACAGCCAAACCUGUCUCUUGAGAUUUGAAGCUCGAAGCUUCCAUGGAACUUGAAAAGUGGGUCCUCGGAGAAGAGGGAAGGGGUGGGUGCGAAGCUAGGCGUUCAGCUCAGCACCCCAGCCCUGUGAACAAGACAGAUGCUGGCUGGCAGACUCUGGACUUGGGAGUCAGGGUGGGCACAUGACGUGAGAAGGCAAUUUCUGGGGAAAGUUGAGUUUUCUAGCUUAUCAAGCCUUGGAGAUUGCCCUUGAAGGCCUGGAGACUCCAGUCAGUGCCCGAUGGCUUUGAAAAUUUUGCUCUCUGGGUGAGGGAGCAGACCCUGCAAAAAGUGCCGCUUCAUCCAGGUUUUCAGACCCAGGCUGUGGCCAGCGGAAAUUCUGUGGCCCUGCGGUCCAGGCAGUGAGGGGGCUCUGAGAGCAGUGGGGCCAGUCUCGAGGCAGGGAGGGCUUCAUCUUACUUGGCUGGCUGGAGAACAGAGCCUUGUUACCCGGAUUCCCGCCUGGGUGGUACCAAGACCCUGACCAGUCACCCUUGCAGCCCAGACUAACUUCUUUCAACAGCCUCUGAUGGUAAUUACAGUAAUCGAAGCUGCCAUAUAUCUUUAGGCAAUUAUGACCCACAAAAAGCCCUGAGGGGACCCCCUGGGGAGGGAAGUUAAGAACCGUUUUCCAGCCUCAGGAAACUCGCUCGACUCACAUCUGAGUUCGCUCGGCUUGCUAAAAGAGAAGAGCUACGCCGCAGUCAACCAGCUUGUCUGUGACCCCAAGUCACCUUAACGUGGCUGGUUGGUGGAGUCGGAGGCGUCGACCCUCUAUGCCCUGGAAUUUUCGCUUCCCUCCCUUCUGUGCCCCGCCCCAACCCAGCUCUCUCUCUGGCUCUCCUUUGCUUGGAUGGGGAAGUCAGCCCUUAAGGCCGAGCAGCAAGCCCAAGUGGUGACAAUCCGGCAUCCUGACCAAUGAGCCAGAAAAGGGUCAUCCACCUUGAGCUCGUCUUCUCCAGAAAUUAGUGACCGUAGGCUCCAAUCUGGAUGGGAAGCCUGGGGAGUGCUGUGCAGCAGAGCUGGUGGCCGCGCAGUCCAGGCGCGACCGUGAGUUGUUUGGGGAGUAGUGACAGGCCCCAGGGGGUGAAGGACAAGAACUACACUUGAUUCACCCCAGCCCCUCCCUUCCCCAACACAAUCUCCGCUCUUGCCCUGCGGGAGAGGGGGCGCCGAGGCGGUGGCCGCAACGCCGAACGCCUCCCCCGCCAGCCUUUGUCGCCGUCCGAAUUCCCAUGCUACUCUUUUUGACGGGUCACUGGUGGCUCUAUAGGCAGGUGCUGCGGCGGGGUUGUAAUUACCCGGGCUGAGCCGGGUCCUUACCGACCUCCCCUUGCCGGGCCCCCCGCACUCCCCCCUCCACCUGAGGAAGAGGAGGCCAGAGCCCGGAGUGCAAGCCACCUCAGGCGCCUCGGGGUUCCCUCGCCUCGGGGCCUCCGCAGACAGCGCCCUCACCUCCCCAGCUCCGUUGGCUCAGCUUCCCACUGCUGCCUCUCCCGCCCCCAAUCUGGGUGCUCCCGGAGCUGCUGUGGGGUUCCCACGAGGCCGGAGAUAGCCUGGUCCGGAGUUGGAAUGCCUUUGACCCGGAGUGAUGGGAAAAUCAGGCCGCAUUUUAGAUAUCCCUUGCAAAGUGUGUGGUGACCGCAGCUCCGGGAAGCACUACGGGGUCUACGCUUGCGACGGCUGCUCCGGAUUCUUCAAGAGGAGCAUUCGAAGGAAUAGGACCUAUGUCUGCAAGUCUGGAAACCAGGGAGGAUGCCCCGUAGACAAGACACACAGAAACCAAUGCAGGGCGUGUCGACUGAAGAAGUGUUUGGAAGUCAACAUGAACAAAGAUGCCGUGCAGCACGAGCGGGGUCCUCGGACGUCCACCAUCCGCAAACAGGUGGCUCUCUACUUCCGUGGACACAAGGAAGACAAUGGGGCCGCUGCGCACUUCCCCUCCACGGCGCUGCCAGCCCCUGCUUUCUUCACAGCGGUCACGCAGCUGGAGCCGCACGGUCUGGAGUUGGCCGCUGUGUCUGCCACUCCUGAACGGCAGACUCUCGUGAGCCUGGCUCAGCCCACGCCCAAGUAUCCCCAUGAAGUGAAUGGGACCCCAAUGUAUCUCUACGAAGUGGCCACUGAGUCCGUGUGUGAAUCAGCUGCCAGGCUUCUCUUUAUGAGCAUCAAGUGGGCAAAGAGUGUGCCAGCCUUUUCCACUUUGUCUUUACAAGAUCAGCUGAUGCUUUUGGAAGACGCGUGGAGAGAACUGUUUGUUCUAGGAAUAGCACAAUGGGCCAUUCCGGUUGAUGCUAACACUCUACUGGCUGUAUCUGGCAUGAAUACUGACAACACAGACUCCCAGAAGCUGAACAAGAUCAUAUCUGAAAUACAGGCUUUGCAAGAGGUGGUGGCUCGGUUCAGACAGCUCCGAUUAGACGCCACUGAAUUUGCCUGUCUGAAAUGUAUUGUCACUUUCAAAGCUGUUCCUACACACAGUGGUUCUGAACUGAGAAGUUUCCGGAAUGCUGCCGCCAUUGCCGCUCUCCAAGAUGAGGCUCAGCUAACUCUCAACAGCUACAUUCAUACCAGAUACCCCACCCAACCCUGCCGAUUCGGGAAACUCCUGUUGCUUUUACCAGCUUUACGGUCAAUUAGCCCAUCUACCAUAGAAGAAGUGUUUUUCAAAAAAACCAUCGGCAAUGUGCCGAUUACAAGACUACUUUCAGAUAUGUACAAAUCCAGUGACAUCUAAGGGCUCCAGUACCCACUUUUCCAAGAUGGGGCAGUAUUAGAUGGACAUCUACAUGCAGGUCAAGCCUCAAAAAAAAAGACUUUCUGGAAGGAAAAACUUGGGAGGGAGUGGCCUUCAGGAAAAAAAAAAUGCCAACGGACUCAAAACAACAGCUAUGACCUGCUGUCCCCCUGAAACAGGACAGCUGGAAAGGCCAGGUGGUUACAACAGUUACUGUCGCCAUGCCCUGGGAUGGGGUGAACUGGGCUCACCAGCACAGGCUGAGCCAGGUUCUGCCUCUGACCUGGAAGAUCCCGCUGAAUCAUUCAAAGCUGAAAGACAAGCCAUGCUUUCUUCUCCUUCGUAGCACAUAAAGUCAGUUGAUCAACAGUAGCUUUUUAUGUGACACCAUCAUAUACUGCAGCCUUCAGAACUCGAUUGGGUUGGAACAUUUACUUAAAAAAUAAUGCUUAGGUUUUAAAUCAAAAGUAUUAUCAAACAUUUUCCUUCUAUCAUAAUACUUCAUUAAGUGGCCUUCAGAACCAAGCGAGUAAGCGAAACGUAGCUUAUGCUGUGUGAUUUCCUUUCCCUCCUCCUCCUCCUCCCCUUUCUGUUUUUUUUUUCUUUUCUUUUUUUCUCUCUUCUCUUCUCUUCUCUUCUCUCUUCUCUCUUCUCUCUUCUCUCUUCUCUCUUCUCUCUUCUCUCUUCUCUCUUUCUUCUCUCUUCUCUCUUCUCUCUUCUCAUACCGUAGGUCAGGCAACCUCGUUAAAGGAACUGAGGACAAUGGCACUUCUCCGCAAGACUUCAGGGUGAGCGCAGCGGUGGUGAGACACAACAGCUCUACUGAGAACCUCCGUCCAAGGAGGAGGAGUCCAGACAGCAAAACCAAAUGACGUGGAACCAGGUGAUUGGGUGAGGUGGUCGCUGUCCCGUCAUCAAAGUGCUGAAACCAAAGGCCAUAGGGUCAGCGAGUCACACCAGACAGUGAACAGGGAGGGACACAAGCCAGAAAGAACUUCAAGGAGAUGCGUGCUAAACAGAUUCCUGAACGUUCCAUUGCUAACAGCCUGAGACUCUUGGAUGCCUUUCAGAAAACUCUGGUUUCUAAUAAAGCCUCAAAUGCAUACAUACACCUCCCCCCACCCUGUACCCCCCACCCCCACACACCAUCCUAUACUCUCAAGCUGCUCCUUGGGUAUGAAUCUAUACUUAUGGAAAUAUAGAAACAAACAGUUUUAAAUAGCUGCUGUACUUUUCACGUUUUGAUUUAUUAGGUACUAGCCCGAGGGGGGAAAUUCAGCACUGGCUUAGCAUAGGAUGAGUCAAACUUCUCUUGUACAAAGUGAAUUAACUGAUUUGUGAAGUUAAAAGGUUGUACUCAUUGUAUUUACAAAGAAUAAAAAUAUAUUGAAUUUAAAUAAA